AUGCGUCGACGGCGGCACGGAGGUAGUCUUGGUCCGAAUCCUCCCAUGCUUCAGCGGGGUUGCACGUGGAGCAUCCAAACUCUAUGCUUAGUAGAGCAGGCUUUCGUCCUAAGAACUGACCAAACGGAAUGGCCCAAUGGAUUUGGGGUAGGACUGUUUGGAGGCCAGUCGUACGACGAGAUGAGAAUCAACUUGAUUUUCGGCGCCAUCACAUGCAUCGGUGGCAUAGCGGGUGUCGGUGUUGGGUCAACUCUCGCAGGUUUCCUACGCACGGGUUUUGGACCGUUUCGUUUCAUACAAACCGUACGUUCGGAUGCAAUCGUCUGCGGGCUUGGAGCUCUGAUCGGCGUUCCAACGUUGUUCUUCGCUAUUCAUGAAAUACCAUACAACAUGGCUCUUUGUUGGGUGCUGAUGUUUGUUUGUAUAACAGCCACCUGUUUCAACUGGGCGACGAAUGUGGACAUGUUAAUGGCUGUAGUCAUUCCGACUCGGCGGAACGCAGCGAAUUCAUGGCAGAUAUUGAUUUCUCAUCUUUGCGGUGAUGCUUCUGGACCGUACAUAAUUGGAUUGGUAUGUUAA